AUGUAUCUCAAGCGUAUCGGAAGAGUCCUGGGAAGGAAAGCCGACGAUAAUGCACAAGCUCAAGCAUGCCGUGUCUCACAGCAGGGAACCCCGGGGGGAGUAGCUCAACUGAGCUCUUUCCAGGAGAGUUCUCGGACCUUGUGGAUCACGCUCUGUGAAAACUAUGAGGGCGAAGAGGAGGAUCCAGUGCUAGACGAACAACUUCUUGGAGGUCCUGUCCCUCUCAGCUUUCUAGGCCACGCUGCGCAGUUGCGUCGGUUCGAAUUCACUGCUGCUAUGUAUGGGGCAGCCGGCCCCUCCGAGAGGACAUCCUUCUUAGUCCGCCCCAUUGGACACACUGAUCCUACAUCGGCCACCUGUCUCAACAGACUUCUUUAA